AUGUCGGGCGCAGAGAAGAAAUCCAAAGAGGCACAGCUUAACCGCACCUCGGCAAAGUUUCAGGUAAAUGACGUCGUGCUCGCCAAGGUUCGUGGCUUCCCAGCAUGGCCAGGCAUUGUCAUGGACGACGAAAACGUACCCUCGGCUGUCUUGAAGGAACGACCGGUCGUCAAGCACAGGGACCUCUACACCAUCCGCUUCUUCCCUGCCGCCGACUACCACUGGGCCUUUUCCAAGGACCUCGAACUGCUCAACACGGAAAAGAUCGACUCGUUCCUCGCCGGGCCGAAUCGAAAGAAGGGCGACCUGCGCCAAGCCUACGAGAUUGCUCGUGACCCGCAGUCCUGGAACGAAGAGCAGAACACCAUCGUGCGCAACUACGAGCGGUCGUUGCAAGACGCAGCGGAAGAGGCAGAGGAGAACCAGGAUCAGCUCGAGGAGGAGGAAGACGACGAAGACGAGGAGCCCUCUAGCAAGAAGAGGAAACGCGGUCUCGAGACGGGCAAGGUGCGCGAGAGUGCAGACAAGCGCAAGAAGACCAAGGCCUCGGAAGCGGCCAAGACCAAACCAGAGAAGCCUAGCAGCAAGGGUGCAGUCGCUACUACCAAUGGCGGCGAGGACAAGUCGGAAGAGUCGCUAGACCCGGAAACGAGAAAGGUCAAGGAGUGGCGGCACAAGGUGCAAAAGGUGUUCCUCGGCAGGGACGGUACCAUCAAUGCGGAAGACAUGCCAUCAGCAGACGCAACGUUCAAAGUGAUCGAGGAGUACGACGGCAUGACGGCCGACCAUUUGCGAACCACCAAGAUCGGUAAGGUGAUGAAGAGGGUCAUGCAGCUCACCGAGAUUCCACGCGACGACGAGUUCCACUUCAAGGACCGUGCAGAGAAGCUGUGCGCCAAGUGGGGUGCCAUCAUUGCGGGCGGCGAGACCGCUGUUGCUGCGCCCAAGGAGCCUUCCGCUGAAGGCUCGGGUGAGCCGGCGAAGGAGAAUGGCGAUACUGCAACUCACGCCCAACCAGAAGCCAAGAGCGAGCCCGAAGCUGCGCCUGCGGAUGCGGCACCUGCUAGCGAGGCAGCGGUGGUGGCGGCCUAA